UUUUUGUCAACCAGUAAAUUCUUCACUAGAGUUUGUUCAAAGGCUAUAAAAUCUUAUAAAUUACAUUAGAAAAACCCUUCAUAAUUUUCUACGGCAGUUCUAGUCAAGUUCAACGUCAAGAUUUGCAAACAUUGCAUAAUUUUCAGAGUGUUAUUAUCAUGUUAUCAACUCGCACGCUAGCUCGUGCCAGCGCGCGCGCGUAUACCACAUGGAUGCCAGACCCAUUGGAACACGCGACUGGCAAGGAGAAGCGCGAGUUGCUAGCACAUAUGGCUGGCAACUGCGACCCCUUUCAUAUAAUGAGCAUUAAAAGAGGUCCCGGCAAGAAAGACUGCCCCAACAUAAUCCCGAGCGCAUUUAACAAGAGGCUGGUGGGGUGCGUGUGCCACCCCCACGCCAGCCACGUGGAGUACAUGUGGCUGCACGAGGGCCAGCCGAAGCGCUGCGGCUGCGGACACUGGUUCCAGCUGUGCCGUGUCCCAGCUUUGUAGGGGUUCUUAGUCACCCCGAUGUGGGGGUCCCCAGUCACCCCAAUAUAGGGUUGAUUAGGUACCCCAAUGGGGAGACUGACAGUUGGUUACUGUCCUUAUAAUAAAUACUAAAAGGUGUCAAAUAUAAUUCUUAUAAUGUGGUAUUGGUAUUAGUGUUCUCAAUGUAUUAGUAUAGUUUUGUGAGGUUUAAUUACAUAAAUAACUUAGUAACUUUGAACUAUGUA